UUUGUUGUUUGUAUCCUUAAUGUGUUCAAUGUGUAUAUGAUUUUCUUUACAAUCUGCACAGAAAUAUGAUAUUUAAGAAAAGGGAAGAAAGCAAACAAAUGAAGUCAAUCCAUUUGAAAUGUGUUAAUAUCUCUUUAAUAUGUCCUACAUAUUGUUAUUGUCAUAAUGAUUGGUUUGGCCACAUAGUGAAAUGAAGGGAAGGUUACACCUAAUAAUGAAAUGAAUCUAAAAAUCAAUUCAAUAUAGUUUCCUUUUAAAGGAAAUCAAUAUACUUGAUUAUAUAAUAAGCCAAAAAAGGAUAGUACAUACUAAUAAACAUUGAUAAACGAUUAUUUUUAAGAAGGUACAUAAAUAAUAAUUCAGAAAGAAAAAAAAAACAUUUCAAGGUUACAAAAAAGGUAAUAUUGAUAGAAAACUUUAGACUACACACUUUCAAAGGUGCCUAUCAUUUAAAUUAGAAGCAAUUUCAUUACAAAAUCUUUAAAUUUACAUUAGUGUGAAUUUGAAUUCAUUUUUUUCCAAACUCUGUAUUAACUCUCUCACAAAACAUAAUACUUAACUAAAAAAAACAAAUGGCUACUCGAAUGAGCGAUAUGGGUAUGGAUGUACAAAUUAAUCGUCGGUUGAAUAGUAAAUAUGAUGCAGAAAGUGAAGCUGAAGCCAUCAAUUGGCUAAAUCAAUUAACAAAUGAAAAUGUACCAUUUGGCAGAGAAAAUGUUGCGGCUGCAUUGAAAAAUGGACAGAUAUUAAUCAAGUUGAUCAAUGUCGUUUUUGAUGGCACUGCAUCUCUUCCAUCAGCUGCAGCUAAAAUGAAAAGACCCUUCAAAGCUAAUACAAUGACCGCUCCCUUUAAACAGAUGGAAAAUAUUCAAACUUUUCUCAAUGCAGCAGUUGCCUAUGGAGUACCUAGAGCUAGUUUAUUUCAAACCGUUGAUUUAUAUGAAUUACGUAAUAUGCCACAAGUUUUAAAUACAUUACUACAACUUGGAACAGAAUGUCAACGUAACAAUUUUAAUGGACCCGUAUGUGGUCCUAAGCCAACGUAUGAAAAUAAACGUGAGUUCACUGAAGAACAACUUAGAGCAUCCGAAGGCAUAAUUGGUUUGCAAGCUGGAACUAAUAAAUGUGCUAGCCAAGCUGGAAUGAGUCAUGGUGGACCACGACACAUUACAGAUAUUAAGGUUGAUGCUGCUUCGAAAGAAAGUCAGGGUGUCAUCGGUCUUCAGAUGGGCACGAACAAAGGUGCUAGCCAAGCUGGAAUGAGUCAUGGCGGACCACGACACAUUACAGAUAUUAAAGUAGAUGCUGCUUCGAAAGAAGGUCAGGGUGUUAUCGGUCUUCAAAUGGGUUCGAACAAAGGUGCCAGCCAAGCUGGAAUGAGUCAUGGUGGUCAGAGACAUAUUGCAGACAUUAAAGUUGGUGAUAUGUCAAAAGAAGGUCAGGGUAUUAUCGGUCUUCAAAUGGGUUCGAACAAAGGUGCUAGCCAAGCUGGAAUGAGUCAUGGUGGUCAGAGACAUAUUGCAGAUAUUAAAGUUGGUGACAUGUCUAAAGAAGGUCAGGGUGUCAUUAGCCUACAAAUGGGCGCAGGUAAAGAUCAAGUGGCUUCACAAUCUGGUAUGAGCUUUGGAGCACAACGUCAUAUUGUAGAUUCACAUUAAAACGGUUACCAAUUAAAUCUAAUCUUAAUUUAUCUCAUAAGGCUUUCUGCUUAUUUUCAAUUACAUCAUCAGAAUUAUCAUUCCUUACUUGCUCUAUUACUGUUAUUAAUAUGCUUGUCAUUAAGCUCUUUUCCAUAUGACCGCCAUAAUUGAUCAUAUUUAUUCGUAAAAUCAGAACUAUGAUAGUAAAAAGAAAGUAAACUGUUCAGAGAAUGUCGAUGCAAUCCCAUUUUGAACUUAUCUUAAAUUUGGCUGACAAUUUUAAUGCUUUAUUUCUAUUUAAAUGUAAAUCACGUUUUUGAACGAUGACUAUUAUCUAUCAAUAUUCAAUGAAGAUCUAAGAGAAUCAUCUUCAUGUUAUCGUUGUCAUGUUUAUCUUCAAUAAACGUUUCUCAUUAUUGAAUAUUCAUUCACUAUAGUAUGAGACAACUAUAAGAUGUUUCUUGAUGUAUAAUCAAGACUUACUUACUUACUUACGCCUGCUACCCCUCAUGGAGGAGCAUAAGCACCACUUCUGGUUAGCGUUUCUCAGCGAGUUGGUUUUCUAUAGGAUGGCAUCGCUAACCCCAUGCCUAACCCUCCUCCUUUACUCGGGCUUGGGACCGGCAGUAACUCUAUAAGAGCUACAGGCGCAGUUAUAAUCAAGAGACAAACACUAAUUUUUUCUUAUCGCUUUUUGCUUUAACAUUCACUAUGGUUUAUUUUUUAUUUUUCAGAUUAAUUUUUGAUCCAUAAAAUUUACCAAAAUGAUCUUUUUUUCUAAAAGGAAUGUAUUUAUUUACAUUAUUUAUCAUAGAUCUGUUUUUAUCAUUGCUUCUAUGCCAUCAUUAACAAAUUUGUAAUGAAUAGUUUUUCUUUAAAUUUUAUAGUUUACAAUGAGUUUCAACAGAUUUCAAUAAGAAGGGGUUUUGU